GGAGAAAAAAAUAUAUUCGAAGUGAGAAAAAAAGGGGGAAAAAAAUGGCAGAGAACCUGCUGGAAGGACCGCCAACCAAGCGGUCUAAAAUCUCUUCCCAGGGCAGCGACAGCACAGAUUUCGGAUCCUUAUUUCUGGAGCUUGAAAAUAACUUGCCGGAUGAACUGAUCCCUCCAGAUCCAUUAGGCCUGUCUAAUGGCGGUGACCUGGCUCAGCUGUCAGCCGUUGGCAUGGACGCUGCCUCGAAGCACAAACAGCUCUCCGAACUCUUACGAGCAGGAAGCGGUUCCAGUCUCAACAUGGGCCUGGGGGGUGUCAGCUCUGGGGGGGCCUCAUCCCGAUCCAUGGAUAGCCCAGUCCAGUCGGUAGGCAGCCAAAGUCAACAGAACAGUCCUAAUAUAGGAAGCUUAAGCAGUAUGGUCAAGAGCCCCUUAACUCAAGGCGGCCUUGGAUCUCCUCCUAAUAUGGGGAUGGGAGCAAGCGGAGCAAACCAGAGACCGCCAACACCACAAGCUAUGAACCCACAGAAACACGAUCAGCUUCACACAUCAGCAACGGGUCUGAUUCCCGGUGUGAACAGCUCGGGUAACCAAGGUGGAAUGAGCAUGAACGCUAACAUGAACCCAGCCAUGAUGAGCGGUGGCAAUGCUCCGAGCAUGAUGCAGGCACAGGUGAUGAACGGUUCUCUGGGCGCAGGAAGGGGUAGACCCAACAUGCAGUACCCCAACCCUGGCAUGUCCAACCCCAAUAACAUGCUCGCUGACACACUGACACAGGGAUCACCGCAGAUGGGAGCCGGUCUCAAAGGUCCCCAAGCUGGGGCUAUGAACAAGAUGGGAAUGAUGGGGAACCCCAGUCCCUACGGACAGCCGUACGGUCAGAACACUGGUCAGCAGUUGGGUGGCAGCGGCCUUGGGCCACAGUUGCAGAACAAGGGUGGCUUGGUGAACAGCCUGCCUCAGUUUACAAUGGACAAGAAAUCUGCUGCUGUGGCUGGGAUGCCAAACAUGGCUCAGCCGCCGCCGCAACAGCAGCAGCAGCCGUCUCAGGUGCAGCAGGGAGGCAUGGGCCAGCCCCCGGGGCAGGGAAUGGGCUCCGCGCCCACAGCCGAUCCUGAGAAACGCAAGCUUAUCCAGCAACAGCUGGUCCUGCUCCUCCACGCACACAAGUGUCAGCGCAGAGAGCAGGCCAACGGGGAAGUCAGGCCCUGCAACCUGCCACACUGCCGGACCAUGAAGAAUGUCCUCAAUCACAUGACCCACUGUCAGGCUGGCAAGUCCUGUCAGGUCGCACACUGUGCUUCAUCACGUCAGAUCAUCUCCCACUGGAAGAAUUGCACAAGGCAUGAUUGUCCUGUCUGUCUCCCUCUGAAAAAUGCUGGGGACAAGCGAAACCAGCAAUCAUUACUAGCUGGAGCCGCUGUAGGAUUAGGAAAUUCUUUAGGGUCAGUGGGGGUCGGACAGCCGAACACGCCAAGUUUAAACACUACCAGUCAGAUUGACCCAAGCUCCAUAGAGAGAGCAUAUGCAGCGCUCGGACUAACGUAUCAGGGCAACCAGAUGCAGCCUCAGCCUCAGGUUCAGAACCAACAAUCGUCUCAGUCUUCACAGGGGCAUCAGUCCAUGCGGUCGAUGAAUACUAUGGGUUCCAGUCAAAUUGGUGUGAAUGGAGGGGGUAUGGGAGUGCAGGCAUCCAGCCAGCAGUCCAGCUUACUGCACGAUGCUAUGUUGAUCUCGUCCAUGACCUCACCAAACCCGUUGAUGGGUGAUGGAACGAGUGGCGUUGGCAGUCUGGGUGCCGUGCCCACAGCAGCACCGCCCUCCAGCACAGGCGUUCGGAAGCCAUGGCACGAAGAUGUGACGCAGGACCUCCGCAAUCACCUUGUUCACAAGCUAGUCCAAGCCAUAUUCCCAACACCUGACCCGGCGGCCUUAAAAGAUCGACGGAUGGAAAACCUUGUGGCUUACGCACGGAAGGUGGAGGGAGAUAUGUAUGAAUCUGCUAACAGCAGGGCGGAAUAUUACCACCUGCUGGCUGAGAAGAUCUACAAGAUUCAGAAAGAGCUGGAGGAGAAGCGGCGCACGAGGCUUCAGAAGCAGGGGGUGAUGCCCAAUCAAGGGGGCAUGUUACCCACUGGGGCAAACCAGCCCCCGAGCUUGGCCCAACUGCAGGCCGGUCUCCCUCCCAACGGGCCUCUUGCUGACCCAACCAUGAUGCGGUCAAAUGUGCCAAGCCAGAUGAUGAACCGGAUGUCGACUCCAAGUGGAUUGAGCCAGUUUCCGCAGAUGUCAAAUAUGACAAUGCCUGGUCUGGGACAGCGCUCAACCCCUCCACUGCCACACCCGGGACAGAUGACCCAAACGGGCCCUAUGAGCCAGAUGGGAUUAGCCACUUCCCGCAUGCCGCAGCCUCUCUCUAGUCAGCACCCUGCUCAGAACCAAUUCCUCUCGCAGAACCAAUUCCCAGUCUCCUCUCCUGGAAUGAAUACGAGCAGCAACACCAUGACGCAGGCCAACAACCAGCCAGUCAUGUCUCCGGCUCAGAAUUCCUCGCUGCCUGUAAGCAGUUCAGCUUCCAUGCAGCCAGGAGGCCAGAACAGCCAGUUCAGCUGCCCUCCACCACUUCCUCAGCCUUCGCUCCAUCAGAAUUCCCCCUCUCCGGGACCGAGGAGCCCACACUUGACGUCACCUAGCAUUCCUCCUCAACAGCGCCAGCAAACCCCACCUCCUAACAGCACCCAGCCUCAGUCCAUGCCCCCACCACCAGCUCAGGCCCACACCCCACCGCAGCCUCAGCUUCCCCCUCCGCCAGGCCAGCCACAGACCCCAGUCACGGCCGGCCAGAAACAACAGCAGCGGGAACGAGAGCAGCAACAACAGAGGGAGCAGCAGCCAGCAUCACAGCAGAACACAACCCCAACUACCCCGACGCCAAGCGCACCAAUACAGCCUCAACAUCCCAGCACUCCACUUUCGCAGUCAGCAGUGAGUGCGGAUGGUCGUGUGUCCACGCCUGCCUCGGUCAGCAGCACGGACACAAACUCCCAGCAAGCGGCUGCUGAGGCCCCAGCGUCCGAUGUGAAGAUGGAGGUGAAGCAGGAGGAGGAGGAGACUGAGGCGGAGCCUGUUGAGCCGAAACAGGAAGAAAAACUGGAGGUAAAGGAAGAGCCAGUGACCGAAGAGUGUAAACAGGAGCCAAUGGAGGCUGAUGAGAAGAAACCGGAGAUGAAAGUUGAAGCAAAGGAGGAAGAAGACAGCACAAGCUCAGCGACUCAGUCAUCCCCUGCGAGUGGUCAGUCACGCAAAAAGAUUUUUAAGCCAGAGGAAUUGCGACAGGCACUAAUGCCAACACUGGAAGCACUUUACCGUCAGGACCCUGAGUCACUUCCUUUUCGGCAGCCUGUGGAUCCUCAUCUCCUGGGUAUUCCUGACUACUUUGACAUAGUGAAAACUCCAAUGGACCUUUCUACAAUCAAGCGCAAGCUAGACACUGGCCAGUAUCAGGAGCCUUGGCAAUAUGUGGACGACAUCUGGUUGAUGUUCAACAAUGCGUGGACCUACAACCGCAAGACGUCGCGUGUGUAUAAAUACUGUACUAAGCUGGCAGAGGUCUUCGAGCAGGAGAUCGACCCUGUCAUGCAAAGCCUGGGAUAUUGCUGUGGAAGAAAGCUGGAAUUUUCUCCCCAGACCCUCUGUUGUUAUGGAAAACAGUUGUGUACAAUCCCUCGGGAUUCUACCUAUUACAGUUAUCAGAACAGAUAUCACUUCUGCGAGAAAUGUUUCAAUGAAAUUCAAGGGGAGACCGUUUCUCUCGGCGAUGACCCGUCACAGCCUCAGACGACCAUUUCGAAGGAGCAGUUCUCAAAAAAGAAGAAUGAUACACUGGACCCUGAAGCAUUUGUUGAAUGUAGUGAAUGUGGUCGGAAAAUGCAUCAGAUCUGUGUCCUUCACCAUGAACUUAUUUGGCCCUCAGGGUUCGUUUGUGACCCUUGCUUAAAGAAAAUUGGGAAAACCAGGAAAGAAAACAAAUUCUGUGCAAAAAGGUUACCAACCACUAAACUGGGUGUUUACCUGGAAACCAGGAUAAACGACUUCCUCCGCAGACAAAAUCAUCCGGAGGCAGGCGAAUGCACUGUUCGGGUGGUGCACAGUUCCGAUAAAACUGUGGAAGUCAAACCAGGGAUGAAGACAAGGUUUGUAGAUAACGGUGAGAUGGCGGAGUCUUUCCCCUAUCGAACAAAAGCUCUGUUUGCCUUCGAGGAGAUUGACGGGGUGGACGUGUGCUUCUUUGGCAUGCACGUGCAGGAGUACGGCUCUGACUGCCCUCCCCCCAAUCAGAGACGUGUGUACAUAUCAUACCUGGACAGUGUACAUUUCUUCCGCCCCCGAUGCCUGAGGACGGCUGUCUAUCAUGAGAUUCUGAUUGGCUAUUUAGAAUACGUGAGGAAACUGGGAUACACGGCUGGUCACAUUUGGGCCUGUCCCCCUAGUGAGGGGGAUGAUUAUAUUUUCCACUGCCAUCCACUGGACCAGAAAAUCCCCAAGCCCAAAAGACUGCAGGAGUGGUACAAGAAGAUGUUAGACAAGGCGGUGACGGAGCGAAUAAUUCAUGAUUACAAGGAUAUAUUUAAGCAGGCAACGGAGGACCGACUGACCAGUGCGAAGGAGCUCCCGUACUUUGAAGGCGACUUCUGGCCGAAUGUGUUAGAGGAGAGCAUUAAGGAACUGGAACAGGAGGAGGAGGAGAGGAAGAGAGAGGAGAACAACACUUCGUGUGAGAGCACUGAUGGGAAGAAAGGAGACAGCAAAAGCGCCAAGAAAAAGAACAAUAAGAAAACGAGUAAGAAUAAGAGCAGCUUGAGCCGAGGGAACAAGAAGAAGCCGGGAAUGCCCAACGUGUCCAAUGAUCUGUCCCAGAAACUCUAUGCUACCAUGGAGAAACACAAGGAGGUAUUCUUUGUGAUCCGGCUGAUCGCGGGACCCAAUUCGAACUCACUGCCCACCAUCAUGGACCCUGACCCGCUGAUAGCCUGCGACCUGAUGGACGGGCGAGACGCCUUCCUGACGCUGGCCCGGGACAAACACAUGGAGUUCUCCUCGCUCAGAAGGGCCAAGUGGUCCACCAUGUGUAUGUUAGUGGAACUUCACAACCAGGGCCAGGACCGCUUCGUGUACACGUGCAACGAGUGCAAGCACCACGUGGAGACUAGGUGGCACUGCACGGUCUGUGAGGAUUAUGACCUGUGCGUCAAUUGCUUCAACAUCAAGGGACACGAGCAUAAGAUGGAGAAGCUGGGGCUCGGGCUAGACGACGAGAGCAACUCGCAGGGCUCGUCAGCCAGCACGGGCGACUCCAGGCGUCUCAGCAUCCAGCGCUGCAUCCAGUCGCUGGUCCACGCCUGCCAGUGCCGCAACGCCAACUGCUCUCUGCCCUCGUGCCAGAAGAUGAAGCGGGUGGUCCAACAUACCAAGGGCUGCAAGCGCAAGACCAAUGGAGGCUGCCCCAUCUGCAAGCAGCUGAUCGCGCUGUGUUGCUACCACGCCAAGCACUGCCAGGAGACUAAGUGCCCCGUGCCCUUCUGCCUCAACAUCAAGCACAAGCUGAGGCAGCAACAGCUGCAGCAUCGGCUGCAGCAGGCACAGAUGCUGCGCCGCAGGAUGGCAACCAUGCAGCAACGAGGGGCGGUGGGGCAACAGAGCCUCCCCUCGCCCAGCGGCACGGCUCCCACCACCCCCACCGGGCAGCAGCCCACCACCCCGCAGACACCCCAGCCCACCCCCCCGGCCCAGCCCCAACCCCCUCCCCAAGCCCAGCCCCCUCCCCAACCCCCCAAUACCAUGACCUCCCCCUACACCGGCAUGGCUAGAGGGCAGCCCCAAGCUCCCCUCCCGCAGGGCAAGCCCGUGGGGCAGGGGCUGCCCUCCUCCGCCCAGGCCGUGGCCCCCGCCCAUCCGCCACCAGCCGCGGCUGUGGAGAUAGCCAUGCAGAUCCAGCGGGCAGCUGACGCCCAGCGUCAGAUGGCACACCAGCAGCCCUACCACCGGCCUGGGGUGAUGAACCCCCACCAGAUGGCGCCCAUCAGCCAGAUCCAGGGCAUGAGCCCCCAGCAGGCACAGCGAGGCCCCAUGCACAUGGACCAGGGGAUGGGGCCGGCCGGCAUGCAGCAGGCCCCACCGCAGUGGGCACAGUCAGGGAUGGCCCAGCCUCACCCCGUGCAGCCGGGCAUGCAACGGCAGGUCAUGCAGAUGUCGCAGCAAAGCCAGCAGAUGACCAUGCAGCAGCAGCAGCAGCAACAACAGCAGCAACAGCAGCAGCAAACGCAGGCCAUGAGCCAGGUUGCGCAAGGGGUGGUGGUGGGUCAGCCGAACCGAGCCAUUUCCCACGGAGCCCUGCAGGACUUGCUGAGGACUCUGCGCUCUCCCAGCUCCCCCAUGCAGCAGCAGCAGGUGCUCACCAUCCUCCGCUCCAACCCCCAGCUCAUGGCUGCCUUCAUCAAGCAGAGGGCCGCCAGGUAUCAGCCGCAACCCGCCAUGCAGCAGCAGCAGCAGAGCAUGCAGCAGCAGCCCGGCAUGCAGCCGGGCAUGCAGCCGCAGCCGGGCAUGCAGCCGCAGCCGGGCAUGCAGCCGCAGCCGGGCAUGCAGGGCCAGCCCGGGAUGCACGGCAACCCAGGCAUGCAGAGCCUGGCCCCCAUGCAGGCCGUGGUCCAGCGGCCUAACCUGCCCCAACAGCAGCAGCAACAGCAGCAGCAGAGCAUGGCCGGGGUGAACGUACAGGGGCAGCCCAUAAACCACCCCAGCAUGACCCACUUCAGGGAUCUUCUCAUCCGACGGCAGCUCAUGCAGCAGCAGAAACAGCAGCAGCAGCAGCAACAACAACAACAGCAGCAGCAGCAGCAGCAAGGGGGUCCAGGCAUGGGCGGGGGGAUGGCCAACCAGUUUCAACAGCCGCAGGCUACGGGCUACCCCAUGCCUCAGCCGCAGAGAAUGCAGCACCACAUGUCGAUGCAGCAAGGAGCCAUGGGGCAGAUGAACCAGCUCCCGCAGGGGGCGAUGGGAGCCGAGGGCAACCCCAGCCUCCAGCAGGCCCUCCAGCAGCGACUUCUGCAGCAGCAGCAGCAGCAGCAACAGCAGCAGCAACAACAACAGAUGGGCUCAUCCGCCCAGCCCAACCCCAUCAGCCCCCAGCAGCACAUGCUCUCGGGCCAGGCCCAAUCACCGCACCUCCAGGGCCAGCACCCAUCCUCGCUCAGCAACCAGGUCCGCUCGCCCCAGCCCGUCCCCUCGCCCCGCCCGCAGUCGCAGCCGCCUCAUUCCAGCCCCUCGCCCAGGAUGCAGCCUCAGCCCUCGCCACACCGCGUCUCGCCACAGACUAACUCCCCGCACCCGGGAAUGGUGGGCGGCCAGGCCAACCCCAUGGAUCAAGGACACUUCUCCGCUCCGGACCAGAGCGCGAUGCUCUCUCAGCUCGCCAACCCUGGAAUGGCCGGGUUACACGGGGCCCCCAACGACCUUGGCUUGGGUUCGGACAACCCAGACGUGACGGGCACAAACAUUAAUCACAAUACACUAGACAUCUUGUAGCAUUUUGGGAGCUAAUUCCUCCCCCAAUUUUUUUUUUUUUUCCUCGUCUUUCCUUAGGGCUUUUGUACUGAAUUAACAAAAAAAAACGUUUUGAAUUUUCUCGGGAGGACUAUUUUUUUUUCCCCCCCAAUCCCAGGAAUUCAGCGAACUCGAUUUAUUGAGACGAAAGAGAGAGAGAGAGCGAGAGAGAGAGAGAGAGAGA